AUGGCUUCAUCAAAGACAUGUCUUUUUCUUGUGUUCUUAUGUCUCGUUGUUCUCUUCAUCCCAAAAUCUACACAAGCGGAAGGUGGAGAAGGAAAAGGAAAACCGAUCCUGAUAGGUACAUGCUAUACGUUUCCACACUGCAAUCAGUCUUGCAUUGAAUCAAAUUUUUCUAGUGGAAAAUGUGUCCCUUUACCACCGCCUGGCAUUAAUUUUGUAUGUGUUUGCUAUCCAAAAUAUUAA